UGUCGAACAGAAGGAAUCUCUUCUAUACACUACCGCGUCCGGUGGAACAUCAUGUCUGCUAUGAGGACGUUGACGGUCGCGGGAUUGUUUCUGGCGUUUUGCGCGUUGGGACUCAUAGCAGUCGCAAUAUGUACUGACAAUUGGUACGAGACGGAUGCAAGGAGGCACAGGGAACGUUGUAAGAAUUAUUCCAACAAAAGGAACGACCCUGGAUUCAUCUAUAUCUCCAACCAGAACCUCCCACUCCGUAUGCUACCGAAGGAGAAUAACGUGGAGAGGAAGGGGUCGAGUGGAGGACUCCUCCUGCGGGCUAAGCGGCACUUCUUGCCCCCCGCCCCGGCCAUGGAGUCCCUCUGCAGUCGGCAGUACAACUCCACCAUCUCCGGGCUGUGGAGGAAAUGUCAUCGGGAGGGAUUCGACCUGGAGACAGAGGAUCUCAUCUUUAAAGGUUUAGUUCAGCGCUGCACACCAAUAAAAUACUACUACUAUUCUUUAGCCCUCCCCAGAAAGCUGAGCAUCAAUAUAAUCAAGACUAUUCGUCAGGAUGAGUGGCACGCACUCCACCUGCAGAGAAUGACAGCCAGUUUUAUCGGCAUGGCUGUGUCCAUCAUCCUGUUUGGCUGGGUGAUCGGAGCUCUGGGCUGCUGUCAGCAGCAUGACCUGAUGCAGUACGUAGCGGGACUGCUCUUUCUCAUGGGAGGAACGUGCUGUAUCAUCUCUCUGUGUACAUGUGUAGCAGGGAUUAACUUCCAACUGUCCCGUUAUCCUCGCUACAUGUAUGGGAUCCCAGAGGACAUCAGUCACGGAUACGGCUGGUCCAUGUUCUGCGCAUGGGGGGGCCUAGGUCUCACCCUAUUGGCCGGCUUCCUGUGCACGCUGGCUCCUUCCCUCUACCCCCCCGUGCCUCACACUAUGGUAGAGAGGCUGCAACGCAAGCCUCGACAUGAGAACGGCUGUGUGUGACACCAUAGAAAUAGAAUUACUAUUUGACUUCAAUGGGAAUGUUCGUUCUAGUAAUGGGAAUGUCCGUUCUAGUAAUGGGAAUGUCCGUUCUAGUAAUGGGAAUGUCCGUUCUAGUAAUGGGAAUGUCCGUUCUAGUAAUGGGAAUGUCCGUUCUAGUAAUGGGAAUGUCCAUUCUAGUAAUGGGAAUGUCCGUUCUAGUAAUGGGAAUGUCCGUUCUAGUAAUGGGAAUGUCCAUUCUAGCCCCAUUCUAGUAAUAGGAAUGUCCAUUCUAGUAAUAGGAAUGUCCGUUCUAGUAAUAGGAAUGACCAUUCUAGUAAUGGGAAUGUGUGUUCUAGUAAUGGGAAUGUCCAUUCUAGUAAUGGGAAUGUCCGUUCUAGUAAUGGGAAUGUCCAUUCUAGCCCCAUUCUAGUGAUAGGAAUGUCCAUUCUAGUAAUAGGAAUGUCCAUUCUAGUAAUAGGAAUGUCCGUUCUAGUAAUGGGAAUGACCAUUCUAGUAAUGGGAAUGUGUGUUCUAGUAGUGGGAAUGUCCAUUCUAGUAAUGGGAAUAUCCAUUGUUGUAAUGGGAAUAUUCAUUCUAGUAAUGGGAAUGUCCGUUCUAGUAAUGAGAAUGUCCGUUCUAGUAAUGGGAAUGUCCAUUCUAGUAAUGGGAAUGUCCGUUCUAGUAAUGGGAAUGUCCGUUCUAGUAAUGGGAAUGUCCGUUCUAGUAAUGGGAAUGACCGUUCUAGUAAUGGGAAUGCCCGUUCUAGUAAUGGGAAUGCCCGUUCUAGUAAUGGGAAUGUCCAUUCUAGUAAUGGGAAUGUGAAUGUCCAUUCAAGCAAUGGGAAUGUCUGUUCUAGUAAUGGGAAUACCCAUUCUAGUAAUGGGAAUGUCCAUUUUUGUAAUGGGAAUAUCCGUUGUAGUAAUGGGAAUGCCCGUUCUAGUAAUGGGAAUGUCCGUUCUAGUAAUGGGAAUGACCGUUCUAGUAAUGUGAAUGUCCGUUCUAGUAAUGGUAAUGUCCGUUCUAGUAAUGGUAAUGUCCGUUCUAGUAAUGGGAAUGUCCGUUCUAGUAACGGGAAUGUCCGUUCUAGUAAUGGGAAUGUCCGUUCUAGUAAUUGGAAUGUGUGUUCUAGUAAUGGGAAUGUCCGUUCUAGUAAUGGGAAUGUCCGUUCUAGUAAUGGGAAUGUCCAUUUGAGAAUGUCUGUUCUAGUAAUUCUAUUUCUAUGUGUGGCACUCUGCCAAACCUUCAACUCCCAGUGACAGGAGUGUGUGACCGUGUCAGUAUCUGCCAGACUUUCCAGUGACAGGACACUCAUCCAUCCCUCUUGUCUCUUCUCCAUCCUUUGACAGUCAGUCAUCCCUUCCUCUGAAAAAAGAAGUUGUUGAUAUGUGCCGGUCUGACUGGACUGGGGACGUUACCCAGGGACUAAGAAGUAAGAUCUGUCAGACACACAGCAUUGAUUGCACAAAGAAAAGAAACAGCCAAAAAUAUUCUGUCUCUCAAGCUUGAAGGGGAAUUUGUCAGGGUUGGAUGAUGACAGUUUACUGAAGAGGAAUUCAAAAUCUUCUUCUGGUGCUUUCUUUUCUUCUGUCCUCCUUCUGUCCUCCUCUUCUUCCUCCUCCCUAACCAAAACUGUCAACAGCUACAGAAUUAUAUUUCUGUCCCAUAAUGAAUUGUUCGGUGGAGAAGUUACUCUAGUAAAUAUCUUCCUGUACCUUUGACCUUUGAUGCUGGUUCUACAAAAUUGAAGAAGACAGAAGAACAAUGAUAGCACCAACUUUAAGAGUUGAAUUUCCACUGCGAUGUUCACUUAAGGGCUCUAUUCUGUCCGGAUCUCUGAAGCAUUACAGAUCUCUGAAGAGUUACAGAUCUCUGGAGAGUUAUAGGUCUCUGAAGCAUUACAGAUCGCUGGAGCGAAGUGUUACAGAUCGCUGGAGCGUUACAGAUCGCUGAAGCGUUACAGAUCUCUGAAGAGUUACAGAUCUCUGAAGAGUUACAGAUCUCUGAAGAGUUACAGAUCUCUGAAGCAUUACAGAUCUCUGAAGAGUUACAGAUCUCUGAAGAGUUACAGAUCUCUGAAGAGUUACAGGUCUCUGAAGAGUUACAGGUCUCUGAAGAGUUACAGGCCUCUGAAGAGUUACAGGUCUCUGAAGAGUUACAGAUCUCUGAAGCGUUACAGAUCUCUGAAGCGUUACAGAUCUCUGAAGCGUUACAGAUCUCUGAAGCGUUACAGAUCGCUGAAGCGUUACAGAUUGCGCAAUGUAAAUGUAAGAUUGAGCCGACCUAAUGCAGCGUUUACCGUGAAUGCAGUAUCCACUAACGCAGAAACAUUGCCUUUAAAUUUCAACCACGAUGUAACGCUGAACCUCCGCUGUACGUAUUGAAUAGAGGGCCCUUAGUCUCCCACUGACGUCAAUGCACGGCCAAGUGAAAAUUCAACAUGUUCCCCUAGAUAAGACUGAAUAAAGUUGAAAAUUAAAAUAAUAUGGAUGUGUAUUCUCACAUUUUUGAAGAGCAAUCAUGUGGUAUUCCUUUAUGUUCCCACUGAAACCAAAAUAAUACGUCAAUUACAUUUUGAAAAUGUAUGCAGGUUUGCAUUUGUAUGUAUUCAAAGAAAACAUGAGUAUUAAUUAAGAUACAAGACUGUAUUUGAUGGGAAAUGUUUUGAUGUUUUUUUCUGUUUACUGAUCAUGAUAGCCCGUCCAAUCAAGAUAUUUUUGAAAAAUAAAAUGAUGAUACAAACUGUU